CCCCUUUGUGUCUGAUAAAGGCCACAGUUAAUCGUCCUUUCUUUAGUGUGGUACAUUUUUUUUCAUGUUACAGUAAACGCGACGAGAGAGACAGCGACGGCUCGAGGCACAUUGAAGAUGCACGUGUACGGCAGACGCGUGGGCGCAGUGAAGAGCUGCGCGUUCAUGCAGCCGGGGACCCGCGUGCCCGCGUUUGAAUAUACCGGCUGAAGCCGGUAAAGGGCUGCGAAGACAGGCAGGACAUAACUCUGAAGACAAAGGAUGCUGCCGCUGACAGAAAAGACUUACACACUGAGGAAGUAGAUGUAUUUAACAAAUAGUUAAAUUUUAGCGCGAAAAAUAUUUAAAUAUCGUUUUAGAUAUUUAAAUAUUUAAAAAAUAUAAGUGUUUAACUGCUGCUCUGUCGAACUAAGAAAAAUACCAAUCUUUAGAAAUCAUAAAGAUACCAAAAUGACCAACAGAUAAAGGAAGCAAGAAGUCCACAAGAUUCAAAAGACUGCCUCCCAUCCACUGCUCAGCUCUGCCGGAGGCCUCUUGUAGCCAUGAAGAUUCCCAAAGUACCUCGUUGUUUGAGUCCAAAUGUUUACCCAGAGGUGCCAGAAGGGGGGUGGGGCUGGGCCGUGGCUGUGGCCUUCUUCAUGGUGGAAGUCAACACGUAUGGAGUCCUCAAGACCCUUGGAGUGUUCCUCGAGGAUCUCAUGAGGGAGUUUAAGGAGACCAACAGCCGGGUCUCCUGGGUCAUCUCCAUCUCUGUGUUUGUCUUUGCCUUCACGGCCCCUCUGGCUUCGAUGCUUAGCAACCGCUUCGGCUGCCGUCCUGUGGUCAUGAUGGGGGGCUUCCUCAUGAGCCUGGGAAUGAUCUCCUCUGCCUUUAUCAACGGCAUCAAUGAGAUGUACAUCAGUAUUGGCAUCAUCUCAGGGUUUGGCUUCUGCCUCGCUUUCCUCCCCACGGUCACCAUCCUAGCCCAGUACUUUUCCAGGCGGCGAGCCCUCGUCACUUCCAUCGCUUCCUCUGGAGAAUCCUUCGCCAUGUUCGCAUUUGCACCUGCCUUCACCAGACUGAAGGAGGUCAUCGGCUGGCGCUACUGUCUGGUUGUUCUCGGCGUCAUGCAGGCAUCUGUUAUUGGCUUUGGCAUCCUCCUACGUCCAAUCAGAAUUGAGUCGGAGCUUGUAAAGGAGGACAGUGACUCAGACUCCCUGUCUCUGAAGCAGAUCCAAAGUGAUUAUGAGCUGGAGAACGAACAAACACGAACCUCCCUCAGCUCAGCCAUCUCCCAGGGUUCUGGGGACUCAGGUGUAACGUCCCUCUCAACGUCUGACGAAGACCUCGGAAACGCUGAAACAGAGGCAAAGGCUCUGAUGCGGUGGGGGGAUCAGGACAAAGAGAUCCUGGAGAAAUCAGCAUCCAUGCCUCCCAGCGCCCCCCCCAGCACCCCUCCCAGCCCAGUCAAGGAGGAGCUUGAUGUAGAACUAUCAGAGGGAGAAGCCUGUCCCCUCCAGCCCUCCACCCCCAAACUCUUGGACUUCUCUAUGCUUAAAGACGGUGCCUUCAUAUGGUACUCGCUCUUCGGCCUGUUUGCAACGUUGGGCUUCUUUGCUCCACAACUUUACAUCAUUGAACUGAGCAAAAGCCAGGGCGUGGAGCCCAGCAUGGCCUCCUACAUGCUGUCUGUGAUGGCUGUGGCUGAAAUCUUUGGCCGCUUUUCCAUUGGCGUAGUGUUAAACAAAGUUCACUGUAAGAAGACCCAUGUACUGCUGGGGUGUGUAAUUCUCAUGUCCCUGGUUCUGGUGGCCUUCACUAUUGUGUGGGAGUUCUGGGGCCUGUUGGUCUGCUGUGCUCUCUACGGCUUCUUCAUGGGCACAGUUGGCUCCACACACAUCCCCCUGCUGGCUGAGGUGGAAGUGGUUGGCAUCCAGAAGUUGCCUUCAUGUGUUGGAGUCUACGUCUUCAUCCAGAGCUUUGCUGGCCUGGCUGGGCCCCCACUAGGAGGUGUGUUGGUGGAUGUCACUCAGAACUAUGGAGCAGCUUUUUACUCAUGUGCAGCAGGAAUGGGACUCAGUGCUGUCUGCCUGGCUCUGGUUGGUGUGGCCAAGUCUGGAGUGUGCCAAAGAAUGAACAGAAACAAGAACAGAAGCAAGAACACAGAAGAAGAGAAAAAUAUAUCUCAGGACAGUAACCCAUUGGACUUUCUGGAGGUUGACUUGGUUGAGAACAGUUCAGUCAAACAGGCUGAGGACAACCGCUCAGUUAUUUGAGGAUGACCACAGCAGGACUUUACCUCAUAGAAACCAACAAAGUAGAAUCCAGAGUUCUGCAUGUGCUGUCUGUGACUUCAGCUGCUGCUGAUCAAACCUCAGGUGUUGCUAACUCACUUUUAAGCAAGCCUGAAGUCCAGUUCUUCACAGAAAGGAAACUUUUUCUGCUGGAGACCAAAGACAUGGCUGCUGGGUCUAUGUCAUCAUAUCUGUUUGCUUUAAGAAUGUGGACCAUAGAGCACCACAGAUAUGAGGUCAUGUCUGACUGAUGCCUUUGGUCCCUAGCCUCUUCUCUCUUUUUACAGUAAACACUAUAGUCUGACUGACAGCAGACAUCUGAACCAGUAUUUAGGGUGAUUGUAGGGUGGUUUUCUGUCAUAAAGAAAUAAAUAACAUUUGGAGUAACUUGCUUAUUUAUUUUUCUGAUGUUUUCCCAGACCAGUAACAGACAGGUAAAAAUGGUUCAAAGUCUGCUGUCUGUCCGUGUUCUGCUGGUUGUUGGUUCACAUUUUAUUAAUAAACAAAUAAAUGAAUUCAUUUCAUAAAUAAAUGAAACGUGUUCCUGUGAGUAACUGCAUUGCAACAUGUGUUUGAGGCUUUAGAUAAAAUUGUGAGAGCAGUUGCUCAAUAAGCACAGCUUCUCUGAAUGGGACCAGCUUCACAAUAAUUUAACAAACAUUCUGCUGCUCAAGAGACAGCGACACAAGCUCUGCAGAUUGUUGAUCUGAAGAUGAGUCUGUACAACAAAUCUUAUUCUUAGAAUCUCUAUCAUGAUCACUGCAGCAUCUGAUCCUCCAGAGUGAGCUCAUGGAGUCAGAGCUCUGAUCAUGGAGGUUAAAGGAUGCAUGAAUCUUUAAUUCUGUGCUGCUCUGGAUAAAAGAACAAUCCUUUUAUCUCUUCAUGAUCCUGUUGCUGUACUGUAGAACUCCCCUUGAUGCCAGACAAACUCAAAAGCAAUGAUCAUUCAACAGACAGCUUAGUUUGUGACUGGUUGGAAAACGCUGGAUGUUGACAUGGUCUCAUAUGUCAUGUAUGCAAAACUGUCUCCUCUGCAGCCUCGGAGGCAAGUUGAGGGUUAGCUUAGAAAAUGUAUUUAAAUUGUUUAUUUGAUGUCUUUCUUAUUUUGUAAUUUUUUUAAUGAAGUGUCAGGCAGGUACAUUCCUGUUAAGUGAUGUACCACAUACCUUGUGAUUUUUAAAAUAAAAUCUCUAAAACAAC